AUGGACAAGGGACCCUCCCCCACUCCAGACAGCUCUCGUGCUGGCGCACACGAGAAUCUCGAUAGAAACAAUGCUCAGAUACGGAGCGAAGAGCCAAAAGGAUAUAACGUCGAGGAACAUGCUGCAGAGACAUCUCCGACCUCCGGAGUUCUCGAUUCUGCCGUCGUCGCUCCUGGCGACGUAGCACAGGCCAACCCUCUUGACGACAGCGAUACUGUCAAACUGGCGAGUCUGCCCGUGGAUACAGCAGAUCGACAACAUACGUCGGGUUCAAACCUUGGGCAUCCGGCUAGUGGCGAUGAAGAUUUCAUUGCGGAUGCGGCGGAGAAGGGGAUUCCGGUCCGUUCAUCCUCUCGGGCUACUUCGAGCGGCGGGCGAGCGGGUAGUAUUGCAGGCCCCAGUGCCGCCGGAGGAGGUGACGGUAACGGACGGGUGUCUGCCACGGCUGGGAGUAGUAUCAACCUCGAGCAGAACGAUAUCGCUGAGACGGGGACGGGGAGCGGGUCUCAAGGCGAGGGCACUGUGCCCGAGUUGGGAAGGCGGGACAGAGGGAAAGGUCGAGCGUUCGAUGCUUGA